AUGGCCAAUGGAGCAGUGGUGCCUAUACCCCCGCCGCAAUUUCCCACGCAUAAUGCUCCUAGAGUCUGGCUACUAACGUCCGGAGACUCGCCCAUUGCCAUCUCUGUUGCGCGGCAAGUGCUCGACCAUGGAGACUAUGUCGUCUCGGGCAUUAUACAGGCCGAUUUUGAGGAUGAAAGUGUGCGCAGUAAGGAAUUCAAGAACUUCCUCUCCGAAGUGGUACAAACAAAUGGAUGGAAAGAUCGGUUAAAAAUCGUACCAUUAGACAUUCGACAUGUCGGGCAAUGUCAAGCAGCCAUUGCAGAAGCUGUCCACGUCUUCAAAAAGAUAGACAUCUUAUUCUGCUGCACCAGCGAGGCAGUCAUUGGAACAGUGGAGGAGCUUUCGGCAAAUCCGAGAACAUUGACUAUGGUUCGAGAUCAGUUCGAGAAGAACUUCUUCGGGCCGAUGAAUAUUAUUAAAGCUGUAAUCCCCCACAUGCGGUCGAUGAUGAACGGACACAUCAUCGUGCUUGGUGGCAUCACAGGUCAUCUUGGGACGCCUGGGUUGAGCAUGUAUUGCGCUUCGGGGUGGGCGCUGGAGGGUUUCUGCGACAGCAUCGCUUACGAGAUCGCUCCUUUCAACAUCAAGCUGACAAUUCUUCAAGCCAGCGUGGAGAUAGGAAUUCUGACGAACAAAAUCACGUCGGCACCUCCGAUGAAAGAAUAUUCGAGGGAAUUUGGACACACUGCGCCCAUGUUCCGAGGCAUUCUUGAUGGUCUGCUGAACCGUCUUCCUGGGAUCCGGUCUCAAUAUCCUCCACCCCCGGAAAGUGAGAUUCAGUCGCCUUCCUCGGAAGCAGAAAGACAAAGUGGUCCCUACCUCCUCAGUCGGAAUGAAGUGUUCAGUCUGUAUCCGCCUCUCAGCCAUGCUCAUACAGAGAAACUAGUAGCUGAGACUGUGCAUGCGUUGACUGCUAUCGGUGGCCAUGAGAACCCUCCGGCAAGACACAUUGUGGGCGUCGAGGGCGUAGCCAGCGUCAAGGAAAAGCUCAAGACUGUCAGUGAGGAGCUUGAAGAAUUUGUCGACACCAGCGCGUCGGCCGACAUGGUGAAGCCAGGACCGGGUUAUGGCCGUGCCUCAAGCGUUGCUGAUGUAGAUUUCAAAGACUUGGAAGGUAGCGUCUUCGACGCCUCAAUGGCUUGA